AUGAAGCUCGCUGCCGCCCUCCUGGUGCUCUGCGUGGUCCUGCUCAGUGACUCGACUGCUGCUUUCCUGGUGGACUCAGUGGCCAAGCCUGUGGCCCAACCUGCAGCUGCACUGGAGUCUGCCGUGGGGGCCAUGGCCAACCCCCUUUUCAACCAGCUCAAUCCCCUGAAGUUCAUGCUGACUAGCCUGGGGAUCCCCGUAGAGCACCUCAUAGAGGGCUCCAGGAAGUGUGUGACUGAUCUGGGCCCUGAGGCCAUGGGGGCCAUGAAGAGUCUCCUGGAGGCCCUGACACUCUUUGGCUGA